AUGGCCACGAUUACUGGUCACUGCGCGGCGGUCUUCUGUUUUUGGUCCGCCUACACGAAGAAAGAUAAUUUGGGCUAUAUGCUUUGCUUACUCGAUAUCCUGCAUGCGAGGCCGGCGAUACCUACGGUGCAUCCAAGAUGGAUUCCCACUCGAAUCGAAUCUCGAAUGAACCGAGGACUACUAGAGCGCUCGUCAGUACGGAUACAUGACCUAAUGCGCCGAGUAAUGAAGGAGACUUUGAAGGAGUCCGACCAAAGUCGAAGGAUAUCACGAAGCUGCUUUGACGCGGAGAGGCGGAUCUUAUUUUACGAGCAUGACUGGGACCUUUCUUGCUUACAAUGA